CCCGUCCCCAAAUUCCCGUGCCUGAGCUCAGUCCGCCGUCUGGCUGGCAGUCGAGUUGGUGGUGCAGUACCAGUACCAGGGAAUCUUCCGGAACCAAAGACUUUGCGUAGCCUCUGGGAAAGACCCAGUGCACUCUCCCAGUGUUUUCCUAAUAUCCAUAAUUUCCAUUUGCACCCUUCUGUAUCUGUCUUCUCUAGUUUUGAGGGUCAUUUAAUGACCACCUAUACUUUUCCAGCCCCCAAACCUCAAACCUAGGCAGCACCUCCCCAUUUCCCAGGCUUCCUAAUAAGUCAUCCAAAUUCCUGUUCUCAAACCCCUGCAGCCAAGCUCUACCUCUCUAGGCGUCCUGUGCCUAAUUCCCCCAGUUUGCCGCCUUUUCCUCUGUUCCUGAUCUGAGAAGUGUGUGUUUCUGGCAUGCUGGGGGAAAGGAAGAUGGGACUAGUUUGAGAAUUGAGGUUUGUUCAACUUGAACCUGGUGCCUCAGAGGGGUCUGAGCUUGCUAACUUCAUAGUGGCAGAAGGGAGUGCUAGAUGAUAUGGAGAAAGGGGGGAAAGGGGGGCCGGGAGAGAAGGACUAGAUAUACAUGAGGAAAAAAGUGGUGGAAUUUCCCUCUUCUCUGUUUUGGUUCCAGAGACAGUGUUCCUUCCCCUUCUCAUUAAACCUAAUUUCCCAACGGUCCUUUCUUUUCUCCCAGUUCUGUUCCCCUUACUCCAUCCUGGCGCAGCCCACAAUUCCCCUUUCCCCCUGCCCUUCCCCUUCCUCCCCAUGUCCCUGUUCCUCCCCUUCUCCUCCAGCUCUUAUGCCACCUACAUCUCCCCAUCCUUCUCUCCUCUCUGCUUCUCACUUUUCUCUACCUUCCCUCUCAUUGUCUUCCACUCUUCAUCUUGAUCCUCCACCCCGUAUGCCAGUGACUUUCACAGACGUGGCUGUGUAUUUUGGAGAUGUCAUGUGGGAGAGCUACAGGGACCUCAUCUCCUUGGGAUUUCCAUUCCCUAAACCAGAACUGAUCCCUCACUUGGAGGAAGGGAAUGAGUCAUGGGGUCAAGGAUCUCAGGAAUCUGAAGAAAUGGGAGUCCCAAAAGAAUCCUAUCCAGGCAUGAGGACCAAGGAAGAAGAAGAGGCAGAAUCAGUCCCUGACCUUCCUUCUGUCUUGGAGAGUUCCCCACUACCAGCUAUACCCUGUGGCUCAACCAUCUCCCCACCCCCAGCAUCCCCACCCCCACCCCCAAAACCCUUUUCCUGCCCUGAAUGUGGUUCCUGCUUCUCACGACGCUCCCACCUUUCCCGACAUAGGCUAAUUCACUCUGGUGAGCGCCCCUUCCCAUGCCCUGAAUGUGGAAAGUGCUUUGCCCAGGGUGCCCACUUGGCCUUGCAUCUGCGUUCCCAUACAGGUGACCGACCCUAUUCUUGUGGUCAGUGUGGCCGAAGCUUUCGCCAUGGCUCCCAUCUGGCCCGGCACCGACGUACACAUCUGCCUGACCCCCCCUACCGAUGUGGCCAGUGUGGCAAGGGUUUCUCCCAGAGUUCUGGGCUCCUACAGCAUGCCACUGUCCACACAGGCGAGCGUCCCUAUAUUUGUGCUGUUUGUGGCAGAGGCUUUGGCCGUCAUCCCAGCCUUAUCCGCCACCAAAAGUCCCAUUCGGGUGAACGUCCUUUCCCCUGUCCUGAAUGUGGCAAGCGCUUCACUCAGAGCGCCAAUCUUGCUCGCCAUCUUCGGACACACACUGGAGAGACACCAUACCUGUGUAGGGAGUGUGGGCGUGGCUUUAGCCAACACCCUCGCUUAGUGGCACACCGAAAAACCCACCACACAGGACCCCCACCCCCACCUCCUCCUGUCCAUUCCUGUGCUGACUGUGGUCUACUGUUCCCUCAGGCUCUGGCACUGGUCCGUCACCAGGCAGCCCAUCAUGGUGGCGAGAAGCCAUUCCACUGCACCCAGUGUGGGGAGGGUUUUGGUCACCGCUCCAACCUGAGGCGCCACCAGCGUGGCCAUGGUGGGGAGCGACCAUACCGCUGCAGUCAGUGUGGCAAAGGCUUUGGCCAGAGCUCUGGACUGGUCCAGCACCAGCGUAUUCACACUGGUGAGAAGCCCUUCCGCUGCCCAGAUUGUGGGCGUGGGUUCCGCUAUAGCUCCAACCUGGCACAACAUUACCGUGGCCACACUGGGGACCGCCCCUUCAGGUGUGAGCAUUGUGAUCGUGGCUUUACCCGUAGUUCUCACCUGCUACGACACCGUGCCACACAUGGUGGGGAGGAUGGAGAUGAGGACUGUAGGCCUGGAGGGAUCCCUGUGUUGACAAUUAAGGCAACUUCCCUUAGCCAGGAAUCUCCCAAGGAAUCUGGAGGUACUAUCCAAGUGACUGAAACCCUAUCUCAGCCAGAGUGAUUUAUUUGUUUCCUAUGGUUGGAGCAACUGAGUCUUAAUCCAGGCCUGUCUUUGGCUGUAGUGACUCCCAGAGCAGCUACUUUUUUGUAAUCCAAAUGGUUACUCUUCCUUUGUCUUUCCUCAGAGAAGAGGUAACCAACUCCCCAUACCCAUGCCAGGAGUGAGAGCUCCUAAGUGCCCUCCUUCUCUCUCUGGCCUAGAGGAUCACCUCUUCUAGGGGGUGAUUCCCUUUGCCUAAGGAAAAGUAUUCCCCAAAAGAGAGUAAGCUCUCUGUUCUUUUCUCUCUUCAUCUUUAUCUAAAAAGUUUGAUGAGGCUGUCUCAGAAGUAGCUGGCAAUUACAGGUCUCUGCAGGAAACUUCAAGGAAGAUAAACUGAAUCCCUGUGAUAACCCCUGCCUGGGAUACAGAAAAAUCACACUAAUACUUUUAGAAGUUACACUUGAUUCUUAACCACCAUCCCUUUAAUUCUGACUGAUCCCAUCAUGCUUUGGAGGCUACCUGGGAUUCUUUCUUUUAUGGGUACCAAAGUACUUUCCACAACUUCCUUUGACAAUAUGAUUUACACUGACUGUAGCUCUCUAAAAGUGCCAGAUCUUAAAACUCCUUGUCACACCGAGUCAAGAAUACAGGUAAAUUGGGCUAUCCCUUUCCAGUUGCUUACAUUCCCUUGCAUUACUAACAUUCUAUAGAAAACCUAUGAUUUCCAUAUUGUAGAUAUUCUCUCCGGUGAUAUAGCUCAGAAAUUGCCAUUGCCCAUGUCUAUGACAAUUCUUAUUACUAUGCCGGGGGGGUGAGAGGGGCAAAAGCAUCACCCAGUUGCCAACCUUUAGAUGAUGAACCCUUCCAAACUUAAUUAGAUUGCCUUUAGUGCAACAGACUCAGUGGAUUGUUAGAUUAUACUUUAAAACAUCUUUUUGAUUUGGUAAAACCUGUCAAAAUUUAGAUGGAUUGCUCUCACAGCAAAAUCUUAAAAGAGUUUAGCCUCACCUCCAUACCAAAACAAGUCAUCAGAAUAAGACUGUAGUAGAACGUUCCCUUGGAUUGAAGCCUACAAAUGUGGGGAGACAUAAUUAGGAAAAUCAGAAGCAAGAUGAAAGUAUAAUAGCAGAGUCUGUUUGAAAGAAACUAAAAGAGGGGGGGAGUAAGGGAAUUUGGAGAGAGAUUAGAAGAUAGAAAUAAGGGAAUGAGACAGGGUAUCACUUGUUAAAAAGUAAUAUUUCACAUAUAUGUAUUGUAUUUUAUAGACAAAAAUUUUCAUAUUUUAUUUGAUCCUCAUUUAGGCCUGUGAGGUAGAUAGUCUCAUUCUCAUUUGUUAAGAUGGGGUCUGGGAUAGGAAAAGGCAACUUCACAUACCCAGCCAAAGGAAAAACCAGAACUGGAACUGGAUCUUCUGAUUUGAACAUCGAUGGAUGUUUUACUAUGUCCAUACCACUUCUAGUACACUAGCUGACCUGGUCCUGCCAUCAGAAAGCUUAUAGCCUAUUUAAGAAAACAGGACAUAUCUAGGGGGAAAAAAAUAAGGCAAUAUAUAAGGACAAAGCACUAUGCAGUGAGGCCUCCUUAUUUACAUUCCUCAGAACCUACAUUUCCUAUCCAUUGCAAGUAAGAGACCCUGUAUGAAAAGCAGUCCGUGGUUUCCAUAAAAGUUUCCAGUGAGGGAUAUGCAGUUCUCAUACAGACAUGUCACAGUGGAGAAAACUGUAUCUAGUGCCAAAGUUGACACCAGAGGAGGAAACUAUUUCCAUCUGUCCUUGGAGAAGGUACUGUGGGACUAGAAUGAGAAAAGUUCAUAUUUUCAAUAUCCUUUGUGCUUAUUGUUAAUAAUAAGGUAUAAAUAGUUAUUUUAGUUAAUUUAUUAUCUUUCCUCAAUGUAACUUUUGGGCUGUUACAGUAAAUAAUAAAUAUUUGAGUUGAAAUCUCUCUUAGAAUGUGUCAAAGGGAUUUACCUUUCUUUGUACCUCCAAUAUUGGGGCAAGACCUUGGCACAUAGUAAAUAUGUAGUAAAUGCUUAUUGGUUGACUAUUUUGAUAAGUGCAAGAAAGAACUAUGGGAUGGCUAAUAUUUAAGCUUAGAUAUAGUUGCAUCCAAAAUUCUUUCUUUGCAAAUAAGAAAAUGAAGGUCUAGAGAGGGGAAAGAAGUUACAUUGCAAUACAAUAUCAUGCUAUAAUAUGAACCAUAUAAAAAUGCUGAAGAGACAUAGUAAUCAAGCGAUCUGAAUCAAAGAAAUGCUUCCUAAAGGAGGUAAGGGUGGAGAGAAUGAGGGACACAGUUAAGUAGAAAAGAAACAGUCAUACAUUUUUUCUAAAGCAACAUCUGCAUCAGGAAAUUCUGUGUCCUGCCUCCAUCUCUUUUAUAGGUUGUCCCCUAGAAGACAUAGAAUGUUGAAUAUAGGAAAACAGCAAAUAGGUCAGUUUGCCUGAAGCUUAGAUUUCUAGAAGUAUAUUUAAUUAUUCUGGAGAGAUAGUUAAGAGCCUAACUGUGAAGAAUUUUAAAUAUCAAACAAAGAAGCAACUUUAUCCUAAGUAAUUGAAGCUUCUUAAGCAGGGGAAUGAGUGGUCAGAGCAGUGUUUUAGUGAUAUCACUUUGGUAGCAGUGUGAAAGAUGGAGUGAGAGAAGAGAGACCAAUUGGAAAGCUGUUACAAAAGAUAAGGCAAGAGAUAUUGAGGCCUUAAAUUAGAGGAGGUGACCAUAUGAAUGAAAGGAGAACUGGUAAGAGAGAUUAAAGAGGUAGAAUUGACAAGAUCAGAUCACUGGAUAUGGGAGUUGAGGGAAAGGGAAGAAUCAGUAACAAAACCUAUGUUGUGAACAUAGGUGUCUUAAGUAGUGGAAAAAGUUGAGAGAAAGAAUGAGUUUAGAGGAAAAGAUAAAUUCUUUCAUGAACUUUUUGAGUUUGAGAUGUGAGUGGAGUGUCCAGCAGGAAGCUGGAGGUAUGAAUACAGGAGAUAUGAGAAUUGAAUAUGUAGAUUUGAAAAUGAACUGCAUAGAGGCAACAAUUAAAUCAAUGAAAGCUGAUGAGAUCAUCAAAGAUAGUAUAGGGACAGAUAAGGGAGCCCAGGGCAGAAGUAUUCCUGCUCAUCAGGGAAUAAUAAACCAAAGGGACCGAGUUUGGUUUUGGCAGUAUGGAAAAUGAAGGAGAAGAAAUAAAAGGUAAAUUAUAGGUUGUAGAUCUGUGAGUCAAUAAAAGAGUAGUGAUGCUAUUUACAUUAUAUUCACAAUGAUCACUAAAAUUUCUUCAGAUAUCUUGCUUGGGAUUUAUAGGCCUUAAUCACUGGAUAGACUUUGUCUCAGGCAAACUGAAACUUGUUAAAAGACCUUAGAAUAAACAGGACAAGAUUUCCCACUGCAUUCAGGACCAUUUCUAAUAGUUCUGAUCUAUAUUUUGCUACCAGACCUAGAUGGCUCCAGAAGAGAAGGUGAGACUGGUGACCCUCCCUUAUUUAAAUACAAUUUACUUACAUGUUAUGACAUCGCCUCCCUGAUGUCAUGGAUCUUUUCAGGAAUACAAGACAAACAACAACCUCUGUGAGUAAUAGUAGGAGCUGUCCCACUGGGGACCCAAUUGUUAACUGGCCAGUUGGGCAACACAGCCCUUUUGGGUUUUUUUUCUUUCCCUUUCUUUCCUCUAUUCACUUAGGAUAUCAUACCCUUACUCAUACCCUUACCUAUGAGUGCUCUGCCCAAAUGAAUGUAAAUUUUGAUGGCUAAAACCUUGCAAGAUAUUUUGGGCUAGAAUGAUGCCUUAAAUCCAAAUCACUCUAGCUUCUGAUCUAUAUCCUGCCACUGGACCCAAGAAGAGAGUGAGGCUGGUGACUUUGCACAGCCUAUCAUUUAAAUCUAAUUCACUUGCAUCUCAUAGCAUUACCACCCUGAUGAUAUGGUCCUCUUCCUGAAGAAAGGAUCAAUAGCAAGGAUCCAUUGAUAGCGAUGGAUAAUUAGAAAAGGAUAAAAAUUUAAAUAUUCAGAUGACAGAGAAUGUAAUUUGAAGGAAUGGGAAGUAAAUGUAGCAGGAGAAAAACAGGGAACUAAGAAAAGCAAAAUGAGAAUUAAUAGUGCUAGCCAGAAAACUAGGAAAACCAGAAAGUAGUGUCAUAGAGAUCAAGUGAGAGGAAUUAGGGAAGGCAUGUUCAAUAAUUUCUGAAAAGAAGAUGAAAACUUAAAAAUCAUUGUAUUUGGCCAAGACAAAGUAACUGGUGAACUUAAAAUAACAGCAUUUAUAUAGUGCUUUAAAGUUUGCAAAGCACUUUACAAAGAAUAUCUUAUAUGAUCCUCUGAACAGCCUACUUUAGAUAUGACUGCUAUCAUUGUCCUCAUUUUACACAUAAGGAAACUGAGGCAAGCAGAGGUUAAGUCAUUUGCCUAAGUUCACAUAGUAAAAAUCUAGAUUUGAAUUCAAGUCCAUUCACUGUGCCACUGAGCUACCUCCAAAUCCAAUAAACAAAUCCAUCUUUGAAACAACUUGAGUUAUGUCCUCAUAAACUUCCUGGAUUUGGGGGGGCAUCCAAUUAGGUCAGGAAAUGUAGGGACAUGUGAGAGGAAUCACUUGAUAUUUUGCGAAUAAGGAGGAAUGUUAAAGGUAAAAAGUUAGAUUUGAAGCCUAGAAGGGAGUAAGGAUAUGGCAACAAGAAAUGUAUCUUCUACUAUGUCCAAAAGGCUACCAAACUGUUCAUACUCUUUGACCUAGUAGUGUCACUACUGGUCCUGUAUCCCAAAGAGAUUAUAAAAAAGGGAAACAUAUUUGUAGCAGCUCUUUUUGUGGUGUCAAGUUAUUGGAAAUUAGGAGGAUGUGCAUCAAUUGGGGGAUGACUGAAUAAGUUGUAGUAUUUGAAUGUUAUAGAAUAUCAUUGUUCUAUAAAGAAUGAUGAAUAGUCUAAGUAAAGUGA